AUGCCAGAACAAAGGCAACGCAGAGCGGAGCCAGAGGCCAGCUCUGGCUUCAAGGGCGCCCUCCAGGGCCUCGGAAUCUUUUUGUUGAUGCAGUUUGUUAUGGGCCAAUUCUUUGGCAACAAGCAAAAUGCAGACUCCAACUCAGGCUCGGGCAACAUGCCGGCCUUUGCGGACCGUCCCAACCCCAGCGAAGUCACCAACCCCAGCGCAAUCCCGGAUCUGAUUUCCCCCAUCUGGCCGUCCGACAGUCCCCUCGAUAUCAGUAUCUAUGUGUCACCCUCGAUAGUGGUUCCAUCCUUUAAGUCGUCGGCGAGCGCACUGGUACUGCAAGAGAAGAACUUCACUCUCGGCAACUACAGCGACACUCGGGAAAUUGACACAACCAUCAAGGUCCCGAAAGAGGUGCAGCAGAACGGAACUCUCUGGGCGCACUUCUUCGUAGCGCAAACUGGAGCUCAGCUCGAUCCUACAGCCAAGGACUACAGCUCCGCCAAAGCCCUGCACUUCCUGCGCCCUCUGAACCAGUACCUCCCCAAGAAGAAGGCGAAGAAGCUCAAGAACCUCUUGGCCAACUCAGAGGAAACGGAAGAAAACGAGGAGGAGGAUAACACACCAGACGUGCAGACUGUGUCGUACUACCACCCCAACUUCACGGUGUCCCUGAUCCCCGACUCGGGAUCCCAGAGAUUCCCGCAGAUGCAUCCGGCGACGCGCCAGUAUGUGCAACUGGAACGAACCGACGCCCGAGAUAUCACAGGAAAGAAUGGAUGGUACUAUCCAAUUGUCUUCCUCAACACAUUCUGGCAGUUGAAGACCCACAUGACCGAAUUGAACUCCACCGUUGAGACGCUGCCGCUGCGCAUCACUCUGAACAACAUGGCGAACUGGAAGUUCAGCAUCGUCACCAGUAUCGAUGAAGGUUCGAAACAGAGCGCUCGCCAGGCUGCGUAUGGUGGAUCUGCCCCUGGUGGCGGUGAUGGGACCGAGUGGGAAAUGGUCAAGGAAAUCUUGCUGGAUACGAACAUCUACCUCCUGGGCACUACGGGUGUGGUCACCAUCUUGCACAUGUUGUUUGAAACCCUGGCUUUCAAGAACGACAUUUCGCACUGGCGGAAGAAGAAAGACGUCGUUGGUACAUCUGUUCGGACAAUCCUUGCGAAUGUCUUCAUGCAGGCUGUUAUCUUCCUCUAUCUCAUGGACAACAGCGAAAAUACUUCCUGGAUGAUUCUGGCCAGCCAAGGGUUCGGGAUCUUGCUGGAGUUCUGGAAGAUCACCAAGACCGUCGAUGUUCGCCUGCGUCCCCCGCCGGCUAACUCUUGGUUUUCAUUCUUGCCCUACGUGAUUGUCUUCGAAGACAAGCACAAGCUCACAGAGACGGAGCAGAAGACAAAGGAGUACGAUGAGAUUGCCUUCCGCUAUCUGUACAUCCUCGCUGUGCCUCUCCUGCUUGCCUAUGCCGCGUACAGCCUGAUUUACAACACUCACAAGUCGUGGUACUCGUACAUCAUCGAAACGCUCGUGGGCAGUGUAUACGCCUAUGGGUUCCUCAUGAUGGUUCCGAGCCUCUACAUUAACUACCGAUUGAAGUCCGUUGCCCACAUGCCUGGCAAAGCUUUGACUUACAAGUUCUUGAACACUUUCAUCGACGAUCUGUUUGCCUUCACGGUCAAGAUGCCGUGGCUGCACCGGCUGGCUACUUUCCGUGACGACAUUAUAUUCUUCGUCUGGCUUUACCAGGGCUGGAAGUACAAGGUGGACUACAAGCGCGUCAACGAGUUCGGCCAGGGCGGCGAUAGUGAUGACGAAGAUGAGCCUGUUCCUGCCGCUGAUGCUGCGAGACAGCAGGAGAUCGCGGUUCAGACCUCCGUCAAGGCCAACAACAAGUCGACCACCCGGAAGAGGAAGUAA